AAGUCGCUGUCAAAGUUCAUUCAGAGGCAAGAUCAAAACGGUACUAUAUGUCAUUAAGACAGAAGCAGCUUUUUUCUUUAUUUUUGCUACAGCUGUUGUGUGGCCGUUCGAAAGGGGCGCAUGAAAACGAGGGAUGUAUCGCAGAGAGGUAUCAAUAAAUGCAAGGCUCAAGCGUCAAUUUUGCAGCUGGAUUCUACUAAUUUUUCUUGGAUGCACUACCUUCCACCAAGGUAUGCGCCGUCUAUACCUCUAUGGGAUUGUUUUCCCUUUAAAUCUCGGGUAAACCGCUCGCAACUCGGGAAAUCGCUCUGGAUACCACACACCUGGUCUAUGUCGAAUACAAUGGAGACCUCAUGCAGAAUAUCCGAGAUCCGUUUGUCGUAAGAGAAAUUUGUAUGUUAUUAGGGAUGAUCAAGCUCAAGAAAUACAACACUGUGUCUGCA